AGCAGCAUGGAGGGAACCAGACCAGCAAGAAUUUCUCGUCCUCACAGGAUAAGUGAAACUUCGAAGGUGUACAAAUGGGCUGACCACUCCAACAUAGUUCUUCGGAGCUUGAAUGAACAGAGGCACCAGGGACUCUUCUGUGACAUCGUCCUGGUAGCAGAAGAGCAGAGAGUUCCGGCCCACCGGAACAUCCUCGCUGUCUGCAGCGACUACUUCAACUCCAUGUUCACCAUUGGCAUGAGAGAGGCCUAUCAGAAGGAGGUGGAGCUCUUUGGAGCCUCGUACAUAGGCCUCAAAGCCAUUGUGGACUUCCUCUAUGGCUGUGACCUGUCCCUGGAUGGUGGGAAUAUCGACUACAUUUUGGAAACGGCUCAUCUGCUGCAGAUCUGGAAGGUGGUUGACUUCUGUUGCGAGUACCUGGAGAACGAGGUCAGUGAGGAGAAUUACCUGUACCUCCAAGAACUGGCUUCCAUCUACAACCUCCGGCGCCUGGAUUCCUACAUUGACACUUUCAUCUUGAGGAACUUCGGCACGCUGUCCUUCACGUCGGACUUCCUGCAGAACAUUUCUCUCCAGAAGCUGUGCCAGUACCUCGGGAGCAACGACGUCCAACAGGAAUGCGAGCACGAUUUGCUGCAGGCCGCCCUGCAGUGGGUGACGCAGUAUCCGGAAAGGGAAGCUGAGGCCUACCAGGUGAUGGAAAACAUCCACUUUCCCUUGAUCCCAAAGAGCGACCUCCUGCACCGGGUGAAGCCGGCGAUCUGCUCGCUCGUCCCCAAAGAAGCCAACUGCGAGGGUUUUGUCGAAGAAGCCGUCAACUAUCACAACAACGUCCCGGCCCAGCCGGUCCUGCAGAACAAGAGAACCGUGCUCCGUGCUAGUGAGGAGAAGCUUCUCUUUGUGGGUGGGGAGGUGUCGGAACAUUGCUUGGAGCUGAGCGACGACACCUGCUUCCUCGAUACCAAAACAGGGCAGUGGGUGAGGGAAACGCACCUCCCGGCGAGGCGGAGCCAUCACUGCGCAACGGCCCUUGGAGGAUUCAUUUUCGUCGCGGGAGGCAGCUUUUCACAAGACAAUGGGGGCGAUGCGGCUUCCAAUCUUCUAUAUAGGUAUGACCCUCGGUGUAACCAAUGGAUAAAGCUGGCUUCUAUGAGACAACGUCGAGUGGACUUCUAUCUGGCUGCCGUAAAAAGUAUGCUCGUGGCUGUUGGCGGAAGGAAUGAAAAUGGAGCGCUCUCUUCUGUGGAGAUCUACAGCCCUGAGAAAGACGAUUGGAUGUAUGUCGCCGGCCUGCCAAGGUUUACCUACGGUCAUGCUGGAGCGGUCCACCAUGAAUUUGUGUAUAUCUCGGGGGGCCAUGAUUAUCAAAUUGGCCCCUACCGCAAAAACCUGCUCUGUUAUGAUCAUCACACGGAUGUAUGGGAAGAGAAGCGGCCAAUGAUCACUGCCCGGGGCUGGCACAGCAUGUGUACCUUGGAGGAUAACAUUUACUCCAUCGGUGGCAGCGACGACUACCUGGAAACCAUGACCCGCUUUGACAUUUUGGCUGUGGAAUCCUACAGCCCGCAAUGCAAUCAGUGGACCCGGGUGUCCUCUUUGUUGGAAGCCAACAGUGAAUCUGGGGUGGCCGUUUGGGAAGGCAAGAUUUACAUCCUUGGUGGAUACAGUUGGGAAGACACGGUCUUCUCCAGAACCGUCCAGGUGUAUGACAAAGAGAAAAAUAAGUGGCAGAAAGGGACAGAUCUUCCGAAAGCCAUUGCUGGGGUUUCCGCGUGUGUCUGUGUGCUAAAAUCAAGGCCGGAUGACAAAAAGAAGAAAGCGAAAAGCAAACGGCAUCAGGAUCAGGGAAGAUGAUGGCUUGCCC